AUGGUUUCCAGAUCAGAAGUUUCUCAUCAAGGAUAUGAGGGUUCAAGAAGUGCACUAGGAAUUCUUCGAUAUCCGCAGCCUUUGGAAGCUUGUCAGACUAUGCAAGUAGUGCAAGGAAAAACUUCUUCUACAGUGAAAAACCAAGCACUUGAUGAGCUCCAUGGGUGUAGCUUCACUUGGACGGUGGAGAGGUUCUCUAGGUUGCUUGGUGAGAAGUUUUAUUCCAGUGUAUCUGUUGCCGGUGGUUAUGAAUGGAAGACAAUUAUUUAUCCAGGUGGGGACCAUUUUGUGAUAUACAUAGAAAUGGUGGAUUCGAGAAUGUUGCCGUAUGGGUGGAGUAGAUAUGCGAGGUUUAGCUUGGCUGUUGUUAAUCAAAUGCAAAGCAAGUUGACAAUACGAAAGGGUAUGUUCUGCACAACUCCUGCUUAUGCAGUUCGUUAUUGUUACUGUGUUUACGACAUUAGUUAUUGUUGA